AACAGUGCAAUUCGAAAGAAAUGAAAAAAAUUAAGUGCAGUAUCACAAAACCCUCCUUAAACCCUCACCAAACGGAAGAGCGAGGAACCAAAUGUCUCCAAUAUACGUCGCCGUCCGCCGCUCUCUCCCAAAAUCACAUCCUCAGUCCUCCCACCACCGCCACACCCUCCACAGAACCUUCUUCGUCGACGCCACCACCACAAAAUGGGUCCGAGACCGAGGCCUCGACCACGCCGUCGAGAGGGAGAAGAACCUCAGGCCACUGAUCAACAUCAAGAACUUCAUCAAAUCAGAGCCGUCCAAGUCCCUCCCCAUUUCCAUCAUCGCUCAAAACAGAGAAUCUCUCAUGAUACCCACCCGCUCCAUCGAAUUCAUCCGCAAAUACCCUUCGAUUUUCGAGGAAUUUCUCCCCGGCGGCGUUGCAGUCCACCCCCAUGUCCGGCUCACUGCCCAAGUGCUCGAUCUCGACACUGAAGAAGAGCUCAUGUACCAGAGUGAGAGCUACAAGCAGGACGUCGCUGACCGGCUUUUGAAGCUCCUAAUGCUGGUAAGAACCAAUAAACUGCCCCUCAAUGUGAUUGAUCGCUUGAAAUGGGAUCUGGGGCUUCCUCAUGAUUUUGAGAGAACCUUAGUCCCUGAGUAUCCGGACUAUUUUAAUGUCGUAGCUCGCAAAAGUUCGGCUUCUGGGUCCGAAAGUUUGCGGGAUUUGGAGUUGGUGUAUUGGAAAAAUGAAUUCGCAAGUUCAGUUAUACAGAAGAAAGCUUUAGCUAUGGAGAAGAAGGCUUCUGCUAGGAAGAAGAAGGCAAUGAGUGGGGAUUCUGCUUCAAAGGAGGAAAAUCAAAUUGUUUUUCCUAUGGAGUUUUCGAGAGGUUUUGAGGUGGAUAAGAAGUUCAAGAAGUGGAUUGAUGAGUGGCAGAAGUUGGCUUAUGUAUCUCCAUAUGAAAAUGCAGCUCAUCUUUCUUCAAAGAGUGACGAAUCAGAUAAGUGGGCGGUCGCGGUUCUGCACGAGCUUCUGCAUAUUUUGGUUCCGAAGAAGACGGACAGGGAGAAUAUCCUGUGUCUUGGAGAACAUUUGGGUCUUCGGUCGAGGUUUAAGCAAGCAUUACACAAUCACCCAGGUAUAUUUUAUUUGUCAAACAAGAUAGGAACUUAUACUGUUGUUUUGAGAGAGGGGUAUAAGAGGGGUGUGAUUGUUGAAGAUCAUCCAUUAACAAAUAUGAGAAGCCAGUAUAUUCACCUUAUGAACACGGUAAAGGAAGAUAGUAAAACGAUCAACGUGCCAGGUAAACGAACUCAAGAAAACAAGAAGGUAAUUCAUGCUAAAGGAAACGAUGAAGAGGAAGAGCAUGAUGAAACUGAGGACCAGCAGGAAGGGGAGUUGUGUGAUUCAUCUGAUGAUGAAGUUGAGCCUGAUGAUGUUGACGAUGAUAGUGAUGAAGAAGAUGAAGAUCAGAGUGAGACAAACGUUGAACAAAAUGCUAUCAAUAACAGAGGACGGAGAGGUAGGAAGUCUAAUUUUGAUGGGAAAGCACCUUUCAAACAUGCUGAAAGAGGAAGGUUGGACAGCAGAAGAGCUAGGAAAUCUGAUUAUGAUAUGAAAGAGCCUUCCAGAAAUGCUGAAAGAGGAAGGUCAGAUGGAAGAAGAGCUAGGAACUCUGAUUUUGAUGGGACAGCACCUUUCAGAAAUUCUGAAAGAGGAAGGUCGGAUGGAAGAAGAGCUAGGAAGUCGGAUUUUGAUGGCACAGCACCUUCCAGAAAUGCUGAAAGAGGAAGGUCGGAUGGAAGAAGACCAAGAAGAUCUGAUUUUGAUGUGAAAGAACCUUCCAGAAACUCCGAAAGGGGUAGGGAUGGUAGACAACACCCUGGUAAGAGCGGAGAUGGGGUCUAUUUGGAAACUUCUAGAGGAACACAAACUCAUUUGAGGCAUGAUAAUGUAAGAGGAAGAUUCAAUUUAUCUCGAAGCAAGGGGAGGUCAUUACCGGCAAAGAACACUAGUGGUUAGAGAAGAUUCAGCUAAUUUUUCUGCGACGACAUUUUGAUAGGAAUCGCGAAGGACAUGGGUUUGGUUCUGUCAGUGUGACUAUAUGGUGGUGAGCGGUGACUUCAGUUUGCCGGCAGAAAUUGUUCUAAGCAGGAGACUUUCUGCCCUCUAAUUGGUUGUGUUCUGAACAAAGCAUCGUUCCUUUCCUACAUUUCAGCUUGUUUGCAGUUGUGUUAGCUGAUCAUUCUUCUUGCAUGCGAAAGUACAGCAGCAAGCUAUGUAGCCACAUUGCUGGCUGUUUUUGCACGUUAGCUAUUCACCAAAUACCUGGGAAAUGACAAAUCUUGGAAGGCUUUCUUAUGUAGCUUGGUUUACAUUAGUUAUUGUGUUGUGCUCAAAUUAAGAUUACUUGAUUGACAAACUUGUUCGUAAAUUCUCUGUUUAACAUCCUUACACAAUAUAGUAGAAUUAAAAAGAGCGAAUAGUCUUGUUGAUUUUGGGAUAAAAUAUCAUUUUCGUA